AUGAAGUCCAUGGCAGAACAACCAAGUGUUUCUUUAGAAUUUCAAGUAAUUUCAACUAGUUCUCAAAUUUCUACUAUUGAUAAACAAGUCAACCUAAAAAUAACAGCCUCUUAUCGACAAAAUCUGGUAAGCAAGCAACUUCUCCCGUUGUUUCAACUUCUCCGAAUCAUGGGAAGAUGUCCACUAAUUUUCCAAUUGUCACUAAAGCAUCAUUAUUAUUCCGCACAAGAGAAAUUCAUUAAUUCAGAUCAAGAAGAUCUAUCAUUCAUUACUAAUGAAGUAGUAGCCUACAAAUUUCUGGAUGGAACUGCAACAUCAUUUUCCUUAGUCUUAUGGAAUCUUCUUAUUGUUGCGUACUUGAUAUUUGGAUUAUUUCAAUUUGGUGCACUGGACAUGCAAAUAAUUCCUCCGGAUGAUGCUUGGCCGGACAAGGUUGCCUAUAAAAAUAAUCCAAAUGCCAUCAAUAUUUCCCCUGUUUCCACUAUAAUGCUUCGGAGUUUCGAGUUGAUUUUUGUAUUACAAGCCAUUCUGGACUAUUUUAUGGCCUUGUGGUCAGCCCCGGUAUUGAGCAAGUGGCUAAACGCUUGGGAGAAAAUCGAAACUGGUUUGGACUCAUUCGAAUUACUCAGCAAUCAUCAGCGGCCCAGAUUUUCAGGAAUUAACACUCGCAGAACUUUACAAAGAUUCAUUCUGCUUCCAUCCAUCUUGUUUGCAUCUCUUGUAAUUGGGACCGACUUUGAUCCAAGCUAUUUUAUGGCAUCAUGUGCAGAUUUAGUCUACACUUUCAUCUCAAUUUCUUGUAGCUUUGCCGAAGAUGCGAAAUGUCUACUCCUUUUUAAGAGUAUCGAGAUAAGUUUUAAUAAGAUGGUUACAUCAGUUGAAGCGAUGUGCACGCAUAACCCAACCGGCGUAGCACCGGCGGAGAUUCGCCGUUGGCAGAGCAUCAUCUACGAUAUUCGACAACAAGCCGAACUGUGUGGACAAUUGUUAUCCCUUCAACAACUAAUGUCCCUCCUGAUUUCAAUUCAUUUUGUCUCAUCUGCAUUAUAUGUAUUCGUGACGUUGAUUCAAACUACGGUCCUGGACAGGGAAUACAUCUUAAUUAUGUUCUCAGUGGUUUCUCUUGCGUUAUUGACUGUUGGGAAGAUUUUGUUAAAAGUCCAAAUGGCUGUUAGGAUUACAGAGGAGGAAAAGCGCUUCACAGAGUGCAUAAGAAAGCUAAACUUUACGGAAAACAGGCCAGAUUGUAAAGUUGAAUUGAGAAGCAUUGACAAUUUAUUGACUGAUCAUCCUACUCAGAUUUCACUGAAUAAUUAUGUGAAAUUAAACAACUCUUUGAUUCUGGGGAUAUUGGGUCAAGUAUGCACUAUUUUUAUUGUGUUUAUGCAACUUGAGAAUAAUAAAUGA